GCCAGCAAAAAGUGCACAGUCAUUGGGGGCUCGGGGUUUCUUGGUCAACACAUGGUGGAGCGCUUGCUAGAGAAGGGAUACUCUGUUAAUGUGUUUGACAUGCGACAGGGCUUUGAGAAUGAUCGUGUCCAGUUUUUUGUUGGCGAUCUCUGCAACAAACAGGAUUUACUGCCAGCACUUCAGGGUGUGAAUGUCGUCUUUCACUGUGCAUCCCCAGCCCCUUCCAGCGACAACAAAGAACUAUUCUACAGAGUCAACUACACUGGAACAAGGGCAGUCAUUGAGGCCUGCAAGGAUGCUGGUGUCCAAAAGCUAGUGCUGACCAGCAGUGCCAGUGUUGUCUUUGAAGGCAAGGACAUAAAGAAUGGGUCAGAGGAUUUGCCGUAUGCCAAGAAACCCAUCGACUAUUACACUGAGACCAAGAUCCUUCAAGAGAAGGAAGUUCUGGCUGCAAAUGAUCCAUCAAAUAACUUCUUGACUGUGGCUAUUCGACCUCAUGGUAUAUUUGGCCCAAGAGACCCCCAGCUUGUUCCAAUAAUGGUGGAAACUGCAAAAAGUGGCAAAAUGAAAAUUAUGAUUGGGAAUGGGCAGAAUUUGGUGGAUUUUACAUAUGUGGAAAAUGUAGUACAUGGUCAUAUUCUGGCAGCAGAAUAUCUACAAAAAGACUCUCCUUUAUGUGGAAAGGCCUACCAUAUCACAAAUGAUGAGCCCCUCCCAUUUUGGACAUUCAUUUCCCGCGUGCUGACUGGUCUGAAUUACGACGCCCCCAAAUACAAGAUUCCUUAUUGGCUAGCUUACUACCUUGCCUUGUUUUUGUCCUUUUUGGUGUUAAUGCUUAGUCCAAUCAUCAAAAUUAAACCAACGUUUACACCAAUGAGGGUGGCGCUGGCUGGGACCUACCACUAUUACAGCUGUGAGCGGGCCAAGAAAGACAUGGCAUACAAACCGGUUGUCAGUCUGGACCAAGCCAUUGAGAGAACCGUUCAGAGUUAUCCACAUCUGAGAAGAGCAAGUUAG